AUGGAUUCUUCAGUGGAAAACAGUAUGUAUAUAAACAGAGUAUGGGUUCAAUGUGAAAAUGAAAGUUGUUUGAAAUGGAGAUUAUUGUCAAGUGAGGAUGCAGCCAAAGUUGAUCACAGUGAACCAUGGUAUUGCUUCAUGAAUGCUGACUCAAGAUAUAAUGAAUGUUCUAUUUCUGAAGAAGAAUUUCCUGAAGAGACUCAGCUUCAUCAAAGUGGAUUUAAGAUUGUUUAUUCACAGCUCCCUCUUGGAAGCCUGGUUUUGGUAAAAUUACAAAAUUGGCCAAGUUGGCCAGGAAUACUUUGCCCUGAUCCGUUUAAAGGUAAAUAUGUGACUUACGACCUGGAUGGAAAUGUUGAACAAUAUCAUAUAGAAUUCUUGGGUGAUCCACAUUCAAGAUCAUGGAUAAAUGCAACAUUUGUUGGACAUUAUAGUAUCACAUUAAAGGUAGGAAAAUGUACAAAUAAAAAGAAGUGGUAUAAAAGUGCACUUCAAGAAGCAUAUCUAUUCUAUGGAUAUUCUCAUGAGCAAAGACUGGAAAUGUGCUGCCUGUCAAAGCAGGAUAAAUCCAAAGCAGAUGCCAAAGUUUCUGUGGUGGCCAAGAAAAGGAUUCAAGUUUCCAAAACUAAUAUUGAAAAGAAAAAGCCCAAAUUUAGAAAAAGAAAAAGGAAAGCUAUUCUAAAAUGCUCUUUUGAAAAUGUUUGUUCAGAUGAUGCCUUAUCAAAGGAAAGCAUGGUUGUUUCUGAGACAGAAGUUUUACUAAAAGAGCUGGAGCAAAUGCUACAGCAAGCCCUAGAGCCCACAGCAGUACCUGAUGAGUCUGAAGAAGAAUGUGGAGAAGAAAUUAAUGCAAGAGAAAAGUUAUCUAAAGGCAUCCCUGAAGCUCCUGCAGGCAGCCCAUUUCAAAAUCAACAUGAAGAGGACUAUCUUGUAAUUGAUGGAAUGAAAUUAAGAGCUGGAGAAUGUAUUGAGAAUAUAACUAAUAAGUUUAAAGAAAUAGAUGCCUUGAUGUCUGAAUUUUAGGGUGUUACGCAUAUUUUCAGAAGUUAAUUGGGAAAACAUUGGUAUUUUUCUGAAGCCAGAAAUUUUAAAAUGUUUGGUAAAAUAGGUAUACAUUAUAUACAAAAGUUGAUAUUUAUGACAACUUUGU